GGGCACUUGUCUUCGGAGGUCGUUUUUCCUUGAUGUCAUUAACCUAGCAGACACAGCAAGCACGAAAGCAGCUUGACAUGCGGGUGCGGCUGUGCCGUCAAUGAUACUGAAACGUUCGAGGAUGUAGAUUCUCCUGUAGAAAAAAUUUUUCUUUACUUAGUGAAAUUAUCAGAAAAAGGAAAAGCACAACACACAAACCAUGUCCAGCGAGGUGUUGGAGCACGAACGCCGGUCCUCACGACGCGAGGAGGAACUCCCGCCGGAAACUGGAGACGGUCUAUCAAGGACAAAAAUCCCCCCUCCCCAUAUCAAAACAAAGUUCCUGAUGCUGAAUUCGCGUACUUACACAAUUGCGCUCUGUCUUGCUGUAAGGUAUUGCGGCCAGAUCCUCCGCCUAGAUAGUGGCGUCUGGGUCUAGUUGUUUAGCACGGCAAACGGCUGCCCUCCAACUGGCCCAACAGCAUGCCAAAUCCCUUCCAUAAUGGAGGGGAACCCUCUGCGCUUGUCUUCUUGCAAGACAAACCUGAUUUGUGGGAUUUGUGAACACAAAUCAGCAACGCAAAUUUUCGGAAAUAACCCACCUUUUCAAUAAAUGGGGAGGGGAAAUUUUUCUUUCCAAUACGGUGAACUUCUUCCUUCCUGCCACGAGUGGCGAGAGAUCCGGCACGAGGCGAGCAACCGUACGUACUACUGGAACGUCCGCAAUAACGUCACCGACUGGGUGAAUCCAAGUACGAAACCUGCGCCCAGGUCGGUGCCCUUGCCGGAAGGGUGGAUGGCAUCUGGUCCACUCGCUGCAGGAGGCAACGGUGGAGUGAUAAGCAGAGCAAGCAGCUCCUCAUCGCUUCUAUCCUCCAGCUCCUCGUCUAGUUCUUCCCACAGCAGCGUUGGGGCGCGGACGGAGACAAAAACCGCCUACGUGUUCAACAACCUCUGUCAACAAAGUGAGAAGCCCUUCCGCCUCGAAAACGGCUGGACCUACGCCUGGUCGCCGAACACACACAGUUUGUACUACCAGCGAAUCGCCGCCAUCGAGGAACCGGCUACUGUGAGGAAAAAUCCCCCCUCCCCAUACCAAAAGGAGGCACCACUGAAAAUUUGUGAUGCUGAUUUGUGACCACAAAUCGUCCAUGUAUUGCAAGAGGGCAAAGACAGAGAAUCAGGCGCGUUUGGCAGGCACUUUGUAAUGCUAUAUCGCCUACAGACGAUGCGCCUGCCUUGCUAGGCGCCUACAGCAAAACGCCCCUGCUCAGGCACUGCAUCUGCCUGCAGUCCUCUACUGCUAGACAGAUUGGAUUUGUGUACACAAAUCCCGCAUCACAGAUUUCCGUUUUGAUAUGGGGAGGGGGCAUUUUUCACUUUGAUACCGGCGCCAUACGACUUCGAAGCUUCGAAAAUGAAAGCUGGAGCAGCGAAGUUGCACGGUGCGGUCGCCUAUCCCCUGCAAAACUAGUAUCGCAAUUGUAAUAAUCAUAAAUGCCAGUGGUCUAGCAUGCCAGAUCUCCUGCUUUUUUUCCUUAAUCUUCAUGAAAAUUUUGGCUUUCUUAUUCUUCCUAAGAAAAUUUUUGCCCAUGCGAUUUGUAGAACGUACGAUAUCGAUACUUUUCCAUUGUAUACGGUCGCGGGGUCGGCAUCUUCACACCAAGACAACUCGGCAAAAUCGACAAAAACCUGCUCGGUAAAUUCUGCAACGGAAUAUGGAUUUUUGCAAUACACGUAUAGGUCUCCUGGUGGAAGAUUCAGAUUGCAUAUUUGUCACCUUGUUUCACUUGACAUGCAUGGCUGAUGUAGCGGUUGUGAUACAUAUCCACGAAUUUGCGAUCUUUUUUGUUGCAUGCAAAAAUAGCAAAUACCGAGCACGUAGCGGCUCUAAAACUUGUGAUGCUUGGCUGUGGAUUGCAGAGAAGCAGGAAAGUGACUAUCCUUCAACACGAUCUAGUUCGUACUACAUCCAACUUUCCAGAGCCAGUAGACAUAUUUGCACUUGAUACACAUACGGGAGCCGGCGGAGCAACAACAAGAUCCGGUGCCACAGAAGACCUUCGCGAGCAUCUAUCACGUCAAGAAACGUCCCCGCCUGCCCAACGUUCUCAUGCAGAAUGGCAUCUAGUGCGCAUCCCCAUUACAAACGAUAUUUGUAGUCGUGUUUUGAAGAUGGCCUUUGUAAUGCUACAAAGUCGAAGAGGAUAAGCGGAGGGCCUUAUUGUCAUGUGGCUGCCCUUGCAAAGAACGAGAACCUGAUUUACACUACAGACUGCAACAGGUCACGCGUGACUCGUCCCAAAACUUCCAGGUUUGUGCUGCAAGUAGAGCGUUGUUCUCAUCUUGACGCAGGGGUCGAGGUGGGGACGUUGCUUUUACAUAGGAUAGCGUCAGCGCCAGAGCCAGCCAUUGCCAAAGUUACGGUGUCAUCCGUGGCGCUCGAUCGUCGACGAGAAGAGCGGGAUAUCAAAUGCGAAAAUGUCUGGGUCUGGAAGAAUGCAAGAUUUGUCAUGCAUAUUUCUCAUGACCCAUGAUGCCUGUAUUGCAUGACCUAGCAUCGCAGACUUUUAGAGGGCUUCCCGAUGCACUUUCCGCAUGAGAAAUGCCCUGUCCGUGUAGCACAAAGGGCGCCUCUCUGGCUGGGCAUGCAAUACAAAUUUUUUAGUGUCUAAAAACAGCAUGACAAGUUCCAUUCUUCCAGACCCAUACAUUUUUACGAUUUGAUGCGGGAAGGUGUAUUACUGGCACUCCGCGACGAAGAAAACGCAGUGGAAUCCGCCCGUGCCAGAGGGACCGCGGAUCCUCGCUUCCUCCUCCUCCUCCUCCCCGGAUGGAAGCACGAUAUGGAUUGCAAAUAUGUCAUCUGGGUCUGGAACACUGCACCUUGUCAUGCUAACUCUGGACCGUGCAAACAAACAUCUGUGUUGUAUGACGAUAAAGAUAUGCCAAAAGUUGCUACCUAUUUUUGAGCAAGUUGGAAGACAAUGUCUCGCGCAGGACACCAAGCAUGACGAAGCCAAAGCCCUCACAUCAGAGUCUGUCUUGCAAGGCUUCGAAUUUUAGACCUCAUCAUGGGGCAUGGGAAACCUGCAUGACAAACCUACGACCGACUUUCCAACGGACCCAGACAUAACAUUUGCCCUGCAUACACGAGCAGCGUCGACACCGAUUCUACCCACUCGUGUGAAAUUCCAGAUCAAGGCCAAAAUGAUUCUUCUCAUCCGGACCAAAUUUUCGGCGAGGAAAUCCUGCCCGGCAACUGGAGGAGAGAGCAAGUGUACGUGAAAGGCCGCGGUUUGGAAUAUGGGACUCUCAAACGUGACAUUCUCAACUGUUACACGAUUUGCGAGUGCAAGAAUAGCUGCAAAAGGGAAUAAUAAAGCGAUACCUUGCGCGUCCUACAUUACAGAUAAUUUUUUGGCGCAGAUUUUCAGGCUGCUCAGCGCUUCGGAAAUUUGUCGCGCCGAGUAGCUUGAUCAUGUAGAAGAAGAUGCGAGGGGUAAUUUCGUAUAGCAAAUCAUGUUGGAGCAGCCGAGAAGAUAACGCUUGAGAAUCCCAUAUGGAAACCUACUACGUGCUGAAAAAUUCGUGCUACCAGAAGGAGCGUCCCAUGCCGUUGCUGAAGCUAUGAAUUGCAAAAGGAAAAGCAUCGUACUAGGAAAAAUUGCAUCACAAAUUUUGUCAUGCAUGAUAUUUGCAAUUACUUAGUACGAGCACGAUACUUUUGCACAGGAUAGAAGCCGUGGACCUACGAAUUCGACAGCGCCAAACAGAUAUGACGGGCAAAUUUGUCUGGGUCUGGAAAGAAAAAAAUGCCGCUUGUCAUGUGAGAUCUCCACGAUAACUAAAAAUCUGCUUUGAUGCAUUUGCUUGCACGCCAAAACAAAAACUUUCCAGCUUCUUGCUUCUAAGCAGACGGCGAAUGUGCUUAGUCCUCUGAAUCUCAUGUGGAAUAUGCAUAAGGAAGGUCUAGGUCUCGCAAAAUCUGUGAUGCUUCUUCUGUGUGCAUUCCAGACAAAAAUCAUGACAAUGCCCGUGGUCCUGCUCCGCAAGAUGAUGCAUGUCAUUCUUCUCGCAGUCUUCCAGACAUAUUUGCAAUGCACAGCAGACAAUUUUCUACCAGCAAGUCGUCCGACGCUACUGGCCCGUGCCUCUGCACAGGGAAGACCUGCAGCUCGCUGCGAGCGAGGGCACGAGUGACGAUCCGAAUAAAAGUAUUUUAAGGAAAAACGUCCCCACCCCAUAGUCAAGUUGGUAAAUCAGUAAAGCACAAAUCUCGAAGUUUUAUUGGCACCUAUGCGUGAUGAUUUUCUAAUCUGCAUCUUAUUUUGCACUGCUCGUUAGCAAAUACAGCCGCAUCACAAAGACGCCUCCUUGUCCUUCUGGUUACAGGAUUACCAAUCCCAGAACAUGACUAGAAAUUCCUCUCAUCCAGUUGUGCUUGUGCGUUACAGAUGAAUGCUUCUGCGGAUGGAAAUGAAACAUGACAACUGGUGUGGGCUGCUGCGGACAUUUUUCAUUCGGACAAAAAGUGUUGCGGACGAUGUGGAAAGCGGGCUCGGUCUUGUUGACCGACUACCUCAAGCGGCUUCUACAACCGCCAACCUCGAUCUGAUGCCCACAACUCCUGCAAGUAGUUCUUACGGUGAAGGGGCACUUGUGCUAGUCGAGGAUAUUAUCGACGAGGAUGAAGCGCCGUUUUCGUCGCGGGCGCAGCACGGGCCUAAGCAUUGCAAAAGUAUAAUCGCGCCAGCAAUACUUGCACAACGAGGACAUCUUCACAAUCACAGCGCCGUUGUGUUACAAAUGAAAUAGAAAAUUGUGUUUGUCAUGCUCAUCUAGCUUGGGAAGGAAGUCGAUUUUUGUCAUGCAUAGACUGCAUCUGCAACUAUUACAACGAGCGCAAUACUUUAACUUUUGCAAAGGAUAUGGCCGAAAAAAGAGAAAAAGACGGAGGUGAGCAAGGAUCCUGUGGUCCGGGGCGAUGCCGUAGCCGCGGCUGGCGACCAAGGAGAAGCUGAAGGAAAAGCAGUGGGCGACACAGCUCAUCUGCAGCGGUAUGCACUGCAAAUCAUAAUCAACAUGUUCUCUGGGUCUGGAAGGAUGCAACUUUGUCAUGCUUGUCCCACAUCAUGACUGCUCGUCUUGAAGCGUCCGCACCGCGUGAAGAGCAGGAAAAAACAUCAAGCCUGCUUCCUGUCGUUGAAAAAUAUACUUUGAUGCCAUGCGGAAUACUGGAAGCGAGAUACACAUACAAGGGAGCCCAGAAACUCGUCAUGUGUGGCUGCCUAUUGGUAUUGCAAUGCGUCGUCUACCGUAGUCCUUCACAAACUAGCAUCACAACUUUCCAGGCCCCGACACGUAAGUAUUUGCAACGGAUAAGCGGGCCGAUCAAGCAAGGGCUGAAGGAAACGGCGCCACCAGCACCGUGAAUGAUCCAAAAGGAAUCCUUACCGACGACGGGGGUCGAUCUGCAACACAACCUGGUGAACCUUCCCUAGGGGACCUUCUAGCAGCCGCCAACGAGGCCACUUCCACCUCAAGCCGAAGCAGCUACGACUCAUCACCUGCGUCUGCUGGUGGCACUAGAAUUCUCGCCUUCGGCAAUCAACAUCUCGACAUGGUCCUACUUUCUUCCGUCGCACUUUUGGUCGUCACACUGUACUACCUUUUUUUCCGGCGACGGAAAAGCGACGCUAGCGGGUCGAGCGGUAGUGCAGAGUCCUCUGGUAGCGCCGCUCUUUCGUCUUCAUCUCCUUCCUAUCAAAUGGAAUAAAUGUAGUGUCUGGGUCUGGAAGAUUGGCAGAGUUCUUUGACUUUGUCAUGUAGAAUUCAAUUGUACACGACCCGCGAUGCUUGUGAUGUUACAUGCUCUAGCGUCACAGCUCUCACAAAGGCUUUUCCUACAUGAGGAAUGCCUUUUCCUGGUGGCAACAAUCUGACUUGCCUUUUGCUGCUCAUGCGAUGCAGGUUUUUCGCCCAUGACCGAAAAUCAGGACGAGGACAAAUCCCAUUCUACUUUCCAGAUCCAGACAUAUUUGCAAUGCAUACUUCCAACAAACAAGACCGAAAUGCACAUGGCCUCAACAAACGGCCUGCGGUUGUUCCUGCAGAGAAGAAGUAUGGGCAGAAUAGAACAAGUCGAGAAGACAGCACACCCAGCGGAGAAGUGACACCAGUGCAGCCGGACCGUCGGUGUAUCGGCUCAGCACCCGGGCUGACGAAAAUGCAACUCGAAGUACAGCUAGAUCCUCCAGAACUGUAUGAGAGCGCACAACUCCCCCGCCUUCGCAUUCCCCUCAUUUGUAUAUGCAAAAUGAAAAUUAUACCAAGUCCUGCCCUUGCAUGCGUUGCAGCACGAUUAUUUGUGUUUGCAUGACAAUUAAUUUUGAAAAUGAAACCUGAAACAGUACGACCAUCCGGGUGCAGACUUCUCGUCAUGCAAGAGGCCACGACAUAUCUGCCGUUGCUUGUGUUCCUGCUCCACAUGCGUUUGUUCAAACGCGGGCCGCAAGGCGGGAGUUGUGCGUUCUCAUAAGUCGACCGAAAGCACGAACAAGCCGCCAGUGCCAAAACCGGUCCUGAUGCCCGCGAAAACUGAAAAGGACACGAAAGAGACCAUCGUCGUGCGACGAGAGAUAGUGGAAGUUGCAGCUGCAGGUGUAGUUGACUUUUCAUCUCGGCGAAGGCUACAUGAUCAGGAUGAGACGACUUCCUGGCAUGAGCAGAACCUGCAGGCGAGGAGAAAAAUGAUCGAUCCAGAGGAGAUCCAGGAUGCGUGGGUAAGGGCACUGACUGUGGUGAUCUUUCCGCAUUUAAGUACUUUGUUUUCGCCGUCUAGUACUUUAUGCACGUGGCGGCCCUGCUACUUUCUUGAUAGCUCGCAUGACAAAUUUUGCCAAGAGAAAAAGUGGAAUUUGUAAUGCGGAUUCAGGUAGUGGUGGAGAUAAAAACGUAGAUUUGAUGUCAUACAUGAGUGGGAUUGGUUGUACGAGUGCGAUACUGUUGCAUCUAGUACAUACUCUGAACCAUUGUGAAACAGAUGCCCCCAACGCCGAUUCCGGCCAUCAAGCAAAAUUCCGGUGGGCACGAGGCGGCUGCGUUCGCUCUCGACCACGAGGUAUUCAGUGCGAAUAUGACGUCUGGGUCUGGAGGGUUGGAACUUGUAUAUGCAAGCUUUCCAUUGCUAGGAGAAAUGUAUUGUAUUAAACCAACAAAAGACGGCGCAGCCUCUUUUGUCAUGCAAAAACGCAGCUUCGCAAAAACGCAGCUUCUCAUGCGGAGUUCCUAUCAGAAAGCGCUCCGGAAAGUUGUCAUGCUGGGCUGCGUCCGAAACUGUUUCCAUCAUCCACAUUUUCGCAUCGCAAGUUUCCAGACCCACUCUUAUUUGCAAUCCAUACGAAGAGCUCCUUGACGAUGUUCCGGCUUACAAGACGGAGCGCGUCACGGAGGAGGCUGCGGAAAAGAACGUGCUCGGUGCAGCUUUUACUGCCGUAUCGCAAGAAAAAAACCGCUUCGCUGUAGAAAAAAAUUGUGAUGCACAGCAUGAAUGUUGGAACACAGAAGCAUAAGAAUUUGUCUUUCUACACAUCACGCGAUGCUGCAUUGGACAUCUGCCCGCGUUCUCGUCCUUGCUUAAAAGACACGCAUGGCAAGUUUUCUUCGUCACGUGUAAACGAAUUUACGCACAACCAAUGCGUGGACUCGCGGGUGCAGCCGCGCAGUUUAAUAAUGUCUGUGAUGAUAUACAAUCCAAUUCCAAAUCCUAUACAGUAAGAAACUUUUUUCGUGCGACAUGCCGCCCCACCAAUUCAAUCUUCCGCGAGUCGGGUAGCGGCCACGGCGCCAACUACGAGUUCCACCAAAGCGAACUACCGAACCCCAAGUCCAAAGAGCACGAAGAAGAAGGAAAAAAAGCGGUCUGCGGAGGAGAUUCAGAACUAUCGAAGAAAAAACUGUGUUAGUCGUGUAGGUGUCUUCGGAUGACAGCACGACAUUGCUGAUAAAUUUGCUUUGCAUGACAAAGAAAUCCUAUCAUGCAUAGGUAGCUACAGCUAGUACAUGAAAACGCACAUGAGAUAGGUCCUCAUAACUGGUGGCUAGCAUGACAAGUGGUACUGGUUUUGUACAGCCUCGCAUUGAUUUAGUACGGAGUUAGAGUUACACUUACGCAGUUUUUCUCUGCCUGCAUAAGAACGAAAAGGAAUGCAUUCAAUUUUUCUGCAUGUCGCCAGUAACCGAGGGUAGCGAGGACGAGGAGAAGUCUUCGCAGGAGACGAUCUAUGCAUCGCACAUAUAAUGUCUGGGCCGGGAAGGUUGCAAGAGGACUUGUCAUGCAGGUUUUCCAUGACCCAUGGGAUCUGGAAUGCGAGGCCGAACAUGCCGGAUACGGAUUCUGUGAGGUCUAUUCCGUUUCUGUCGUGCCGACCCUGCAUAAGAAACUUUCUUUCAACUUGGUCAAAGUGGACAUGACUUUUGGCAGUCAUGCAACACAGAUUUUUGCAUGGUCCAGACGACGUAGCAUGACAAGUUGGAGGAGCUCUUCCAGGCGAACCAGACACCUUUCCAUUCUAUACGGUCUUUGACUACAUCGUGGAGACCUCAGGCGGCUCGGCGGGGUCGAUGCGACCGAUUCCGGAAGACGGUGGUGGGUCGUUGUUCGGGCACAAGAACAGAGUGGCAGUUGAUGGACAAAGGUGGAAAAUUAAAUAAAAUAGCACUCAUGAUGUUGCGUGUUGAACAAGAAGCUCUCAGUCUACUGUAGUACCGGUAGAGUGCUGGCACUGAGCGACAAACUCAGACUCAUUCUGAUGCUUUUUCCUGCUUUUGAUGAUCGAGCAGCUAUGAAGAGUGUACUACGCGUAGAUAAAGCAUGGCUUAUUUUCAAGCUAUUGUUUGAAAACAAUUCUUCAUGUAGUUCCUCGAUGUCGAUAUUUGUCCUUCGAGAAAAAACAUCAAGACCGCAAAAAAAAAAGGCGCGACCACACUCGCCCACGGAGGGAGGACCAGUCGUCGGUGAUUAGUGGGCAACAGCAGGAGCUACUGCAUCUUCCUUAUGGAGUUCUCUUUAUGUUACAUUGAUACGCGUGACGCAAGAACAGCAAAAGGGAAAGGGAAGAGCUAAGUACGUGCGCGACUAGUACUAACUUGCGUGAGGACGAACUUGAAGUAAUGGAAUUCGAUCUGUGCUACCAAACGCAUCGAGAACUUGCCCCGCGAAGAAGCACAACUAGCUUGAUCGUAUGGAGGAGGCCCAGACUUACCGCAGAUUUUGCAUGACGAUGAACCAUUAUGUGCCAGCUAUCAAUGUAACGUUUGGGACCAGUCCCAUAAGCAUAAUCCACCUGCGCCGCCUGCCUCGGUCGACAGGACCUCCGUCAUCGAAAAUCUACCGCAGAUGAAUGGCCCCUCUACCGACCACCUCCAGCAGUAUGGUGUCAUGAACAACGUGCAGCACAACCUGCAAAACAUCCGCCGUGGCACCGUCGCCGAUCCAACGCGGCAAAGCGCUGUGCUGUCCACCCGGCCAAGAGACAAGCGGAGGAUUACCAUGGCGUGA